AAGAAAGACUGAGGGAGGGUGGGGGGGAAGUGCGCGGGUGCGCGCGCCGGGCGCUGACUGGACUCUGAGGCGACCGAGGGAUCUUGUUCCGAGGCACUUUCGGUGGGCGCCUGAGGCGAGGCCGACGGGAAGCGGAGAAGGGGAAGGAGAACAGCCCCAGCAGCGGCGCCGCUCGGCUCCUCCUCCCCCUCCUCCCCCUCCGGCCGGGGCGGAUGCUUUGUGGGUAGGAGGAAGAGGAGGAGAGGCGGCCGCCUGGCUGGCUGGCUGGCAGGCGGCGGGCGGCGGCGGCGGCGGGGCCUUGCGGAGAAGAUGGUGCUGCUGAGGGUGCUCGUCGUGCUUUGCUCCUGGGCGGCCGGAGCCGGAGGUCAAUACGGAAAUCCUCUAAAUAAACACAUAAGACAUUAUGAAGGCCUGUCAUAUGAUGUGGAUUCAUUACACCAAAAACACCAGCGUGCCAAAAGAGCAGUAUCGCAUGAAGACCAAUUUUUACGCUUAGAUUUCCAUGCUCAUGGAAGACAAUUUAACCUUCGAAUGAAGAGAGAUAUGUCUCUCUUUAGUGAUGACUUCAAGCUAGAGAUAUCAGAUAAAGUACUUGAUUACGAUACCUCCCACAUAUAUACUGGGCACAUUUAUGGUGAGCAGGGAAGCUUUAGCCAUGGAUCUGUUGUUGAUGGAAGAUUUGAAGGAUUCAUUAAGACUCACACUGGGACCUUCUAUAUUGAACCAGCAGAAAGAUAUAUUAAGGACAGAGCCCUGCCUUUUCAUUCAGUCAUGUAUCACGAAGAUGAUAUUAGAUACCCACAUAAAUAUGGACCACAAGGUGGCUGUGCAGAUCAUUCCGUAUUUGAAAGAAUGAGAAAGUACCAAAUGACUGGUGUAGAAGAGCCCAUGAACCAGCAAACUUCAGAAGAAUCUACCAAUCAUGGCCCAGAGAUUUUAAGAAGAAAACGAGCUGCACAAGCUGAAAAAAACACUUGUCAACUCUAUAUUCAGACAGACCAUCUAUUCUUUAGAUAUUAUGGAACAAGAGAAGCUGUGAUUGCGCAGAUAUCCAGCCAUGUUAAAGCAAUUGACACAAUUUACCAGUCAACAGAUUUCUCAGGAAUCCGAAAUAUCAGUUUUAUGGUGAAACGAAUAAGAAUCAACACUACUCAAGAUGAAAAAGACCCUACCAAUCCCUUCAGGUUUCCAAAUAUUGGUGUGGAGAAAUUUUUGGAACUCAAUUCUGAGCAGAAUCAUGAUGACUAUUGUUUAGCCUAUGUGUUCACUGAUCGUGAUUUUGAUGAUGGUGUCCUUGGAUUGGCUUGGGUUGGAGCACCUUCAGGGAGCUCUGGUGGUAUAUGUGAAAAGAGCAAGCUUUAUUCUGAUGGCAAAAAGAAAUCCUUAAAUACUGGCAUCAUCACAGUACAGAACUAUGGUUCCCACGUCCCUCCUAAGGUCUCUCAUAUCACCUUUGCACAUGAAGUUGGACAUAACUUUGGUUCUCCACAUGAUUCUGGAACAGAAUGCACUCCAGGAGAGUCUAAAAACUUGGGGCAGAAAGAAAAUGGCAAUUACAUUAUGUAUGCAAGAGCAACAUCUGGGGACAAACUUAACAACAACAAAUUCUCUAUCUGUAGCGUUCGGAAUAUCAGUCAAGUUCUUGAAAAAAAGAGGAAUAAUUGUUUUGUUGAGUCUGGUCAACCUAUCUGUGGGAAUGGAUUGGUGGAGCAAGGAGAGCAGUGUGAUUGUGGCUACAGUGACCAGUGUAAAGAUGACUGUUGCUAUGAUGCAAACCAACCGGAAGACAAGAAGUGCAAACUAAAACCAGGCGAGCAGUGCAGCCCCAGUCAAGGUCCCUGUUGCACAUCGUCUUGUACAUUCAGGGUAUUUGGAGCAAAGUGCCGAAAUGAUUCUGAGUGUGCGGAAGAAGGGAGGUGCAAUGGCAACACUUCUUUCUGUCCAACAUCUGCGCCGAAGCCUAACUUAACGGACUGCAACAGAAAUACACAAGUUUGCAUAAAUGGACAAUGUGCUGGUUCUAUCUGUGAGAAGUAUGGCUUAGAAGAAUGUACAUGUGCCAGUACUGAUGCAAAGGAUGAUAAAGAAUUAUGCCAUGUGUGUUGCAUGGAGAAAAUGCUUCCAGACUCCUGUGCAAGUACGGGAUCUGCUAAAUGGAAGAACUUCUUCGAUCACAAAACUAUUACCCUGCAGCCUGGGUCACCCUGCAAUGAUUUUAAAGGUUACUGUGAUGUGUUCAUGAGGUGUCGAUUGGUAGAUGCUGACGGCCCCUUAGCCAGGUUAAAGAAGGCCAUUUUUAAUCCAGAGCUAUAUGAAAACAUUGCAGAAUGGAUCGUUAUAUACUGGUGGGCUGUACUGCUUAUGGGGAUUGCGCUGAUCAUGUUUAUGGCCGGUUUCAUUAAGAUAUGCAGUGUUCAUACCCCAAGCAGCAACCCAAAGCUGCCACCACCUAAACCUCUCCCAGGCACUUUGAAGCGAAGGAGACCGCCCCAAACUGCUCAGCCUCCUCCACGCCAGAGGCCCCGAGAGAGUUAUCAGAUGGGACACAUGAGACGUUAAGUGCUGUUUUUUGCCUUGGUUCUUCCUAGUGCCUACAGUGGGAAAAUUUCACUCCAAAGAAAACCUAUAUUAAGUCAUUGUCCCUGGUCUAACUUUCAACUAAAAAGCAGAAGAAAGAAAAAAGGCAAGAUGUGGAGAUGUUCAAUGCUUGCAUUUCCCUGCCCCAAAAGAGAAGCGGCUGAUCUUGAAGCAGAUUUUUAACCGUCUUCAGCCCCAUGAUUUCGUCUUUCUCCUCCCUGUGCUCUUCGUUGUUGCCUUUUCUUCACUUGGAGGCAAAACAUGGCUCUUGUGAAACUCCUCUUCACAUGAAUUAAAGCAUAUAUUUUUCAACUGUUGAGGCUAGGAAGCUAGACAUUGGAGACAUUACUUUGCCAAUGUACAUAAAAUGUUAUAUGCAGACAUUGUAUUUCUAAUGUACACCUGUACUUCUGUGUGCAAUUGUAAAACAAGAGAAUUGCAAUAUGGAUGUUUCUUUGUAUUAUAAACCUUUUACGCUCUUAAUGAAGAAAUUACUGUUUAAUUGACAUACUCAGGAUAACAGAGGUUGAAGGUGUAUAAAAGUCUGGAUUCUGUAAUGCUUUAUGCAGGAAUUGUGAAUCGGAUCGAAUCCUUUUUUAAAUGUAUCUAUAUUAUGGUCAGAAUUACUGCUAACAUUCACUCUGGAUACAAAACCCAGAUUGCUCGUCCUGCACAAGCCCCACUAAAAUGAACGAAGCUCUGCUCUGAUCCAUAGGGGGCUUUUGUAGGAGAAGUUCCCUCUGGAUUGUGCUUUCUCGCAUUGUGCCGCUGCUGUCCUGGGGAUAGCACACGCCAGAAUGUUCCCAUCAUUAAUUUUUAUGUAAAAUAUAUAUGAUUUCUGAGAGCUCAGCAUAAUUAUUUUCCCAAAAAGGGAAAAAAAAACCUUUGCCUGUUAAAUGAUCGACUUCUUUUUUCAUGCUUUGGUAGAAAGACAAGUGUGUUAUAUUUUUCCUCAGAAGAUUGCAACUGACUUUCUUUGAUAUGCUCUGAUAGUCUUAAUAUGUGGUAAUUAGGUUCCCAGUUCUGACAGAUAUGGGAGAGAUGAAAAGUUGUUUAAUUUUUUUGUUUAAGUAUUUUGGUAAUUCUUCAGCAUGAUACUGUUCUUAAGGAUAACCACUAAAACAAAAGUAACUGCUGCAGAGUCUGCUGUAGUUGUGUUUUAAUUGUGUAGGCUGGGGAAUGUCCACAAAAGGCGCUUAAAGGAGUCCAGAAGCUCAACAGCACAAUGGCCCAAAGUUUUUAUUAUGAGUGUAAAUAAUUGGCAUUUUAAAACAAAGUAGAAACAAAAGCAAUGUCAUAAUAUGCUUAACUGCUAUGCAGGAAAUGGAAGAGGGCAUUAUUCAAGCUUGUGAUACACUGCUUCUGUUUUUCCAAAAGCACCAAGCUAAUUAGGGAACAAAUGGCUGUAAAAAUAUUUCUGGCUUUGCUUGGGAAGCAAAUUUUAUUAAGGGGUUGGCCAGGGUUUUGUUUUGUUUUCCAAGAGUAUACAGUUUACACACACAUUCUCAUAAUGUGAAGCAAGCCAGCAAGGCCAAAAAUGUUAAAAGAAUAUAAUGAAAUCUCUUCCUUGUAAAACUUGUACAGUAUGUGGUGACUUUUUUCAAAAUACAGCUUUUUUGUACAUGGUUUAGAGACAAAUUUUGUACAUGAAACCCCCAGACCAAUAGACUAUAAAUAAUUCUGAAGGAUCUUAACUAGUUAGAAAUCUGUAGUUGCUUUUAAACCAUUUUACAAUACAUUUUGGGGUGGUUCUGUUCUUGUUCUGUUCUUCAGACUGUGCAAAGGCUGGAAGCUAGGUUUGCAUUUCUAAAAUGGUGACUUUUGUUCUGCAAGAGUUCAUAGUAACUUCUUGAGUGUGGUAGAUCUUGGAACAUGUAAAUUCUUUGCUUGUAAUGUUCUCCUGUGGCUAGGGUGCCUGGCAGAGAGCUGGCUACCCUAUUUUAUUUUGGGUCUAAGUUUAAUGUUUUCUGCGAAGAGAAAAGUGCACUGAACUCUCCACUACAAGUUAAGAUGUGGUAAAUUAAAACAAGAUUAUCAAGGCAAAUUGCAAUCUAAUACUACUGUCAGUUUAAUGUCCACUGUGUUUUAUACAGUAUCCUUUUUUUUUUUUUUUGGUUCACUUUGGAAAUUUUUACUAAAAAGUUGCAAAAAUAAAAUAAAGUAUUGUGCAAACAAAUGUAAGGUGUUUUUUUUAAAAACUUGAAAUGCAUUAAUAAAUAGACCUGAUGAAAUCA